AUGGCCGAGAAAAGGAGAGCCUCGCCGUGCCCCAUGCUCAGCCUCAAGGCCCACGCCUUCUCCGUGGAGGCCCUCAUCGGGGCCGAGAAGCAGCAGCAGCAGCAGCAGCAGAAGCGGAGGAAGGUGGCCGAAGCGGCGGCGGCGGCUGGAGAAGGGCUCGGGUCCGGUCUCGGCCCCGCCACCAGCAGCAGCAGCGAAGGCCCCGAGCCCAGCCUGGCCUUGCCGCCCGGAGCGGAGACCCCCUCGGCCUUGGCCCGAGCCAUCCUCAGCCCCGGUGGCUGUGAGGAGGAGGCUUUCCUGAGCGCCACCUCUCCCCCGUUGUCUCCCGGAGGCGGAGGGGUUCCGUCCAAGCCCGCUCCCUCCCGGCCGGCGUCUCCCCUCCUGGCUCCGCCGGUGCCCCGCGUGGACCUCCAAGGCGCCGAACUCUGGAAGCGCUUCCACGAAAUCGGCACCGAGAUGAUCAUCACCAAAGCGGGAAGACGGAUGUUUCCUGCAAUGAGAGUGAAAAUUUCAGGCUUGGACCCUCAUCAGCAAUAUUACAUUGCCAUGGAUAUCGUCCCGGUGGACAACAAAAGAUACAGGUAUGUCUAUCAUAGUUCCAAAUGGAUGGUAGCUGGCAAUGCUGACUCGCCUGUGCCUCCCCGGGUAUAUAUUCACCCAGAUUCACCCGCCUCUGGAGAGACUUGGAUGAGGCAAGUCAUUAGCUUUGACAAACUGAAACUUACAAACAAUGAACUGGAUGACCAGGGCCAUAUUAUUCUUCAUUCUAUGCACAAAUACCAACCACGUGUGCAUGUUAUUCGGAAAGACUGUGGGGAUGAUCUUUCUUCUGUCAAACCAAUUCCUUCAGGAGAAGGAGUGAAGGCCUUCUCCUUUCCUGAAACUGUUUUCACAACUGUUACAGCGUACCAAAACCAACAGAUCACUCGACUCAAGAUUGAUAGAAAUCCAUUUGCCAAAGGAUUUCGAGAUUCAGGACGUAACAGGAUGGGAUUGGAAGCUUUAGUAGAGUCUUACGCAUUCUGGAGACCUUCACUGAGGACACUUACAUUUGAAGAUAUACCUGGGAUUGCAAAACAAGGAAAUGCUGGAUCCCCCACUUUGCUCCAGGGUUCUGGAAAUGGAGUACCAACCACUCAUUCCCACCUUCUUCCUGGAUCUCCUUGUUCUUCUCCAGCCUUUCACCUUGCUCCCAACACCAGCCAGCUCUGUAGCCUCGCUCCAGCUGAUUACACAGCUUGUGCCCGCUCAGGUCUAGCCCUUAACAGAUACAGCACUUCCUUGGCUGAAACAUACAACAGGCUUACAAACCAAACCACUGAGACCUUUGCAACUCCAAGGACUCCCUCAUAUGUUGGUGUGUCAAGUGGUUCAUCUGUGAACAUGCCUGUGACAGGCAGUGAUGGUGAUGGAUUCAGCUGUUCCCAGGCAGGCUUAUCAAUGCAGAUUUCGGGGAUGUCUCCACAGCUCCAGUAUAUUAUGCCUUCCCCAUCCAACAAUGCCUUUGCUACAAAUCAAACCCACCAGAGCUCCUACAACACUUUUAGGCUGCACAGCCCUUGUGCUCUCUAUGGAUACAACUUCUCCACAUCCCCCAAACUGGCUGCCAGUCCUGAGAAAAUUGUUUCUUCCCAAGGAAGUUUCUUGGGGUCUUCGCCAAGUGGAACCAUGACCGAUCGGCAGAUGUUGCCCCCUGUAGAAGGAGUGCACUUACUUAGCAGCGGGGGGCAGCAGAAUUUCUUUGACUCUAGGACCCUAGGAAGCUUAACGCUGUCAUCAUCUCAAGUAUCUGCACAUAUGGUUUGAUAAAGCCUUUGUAAAAUGAAAAAAGUAGAGAGAAUGUGAGUUCUUCCAAUGUAUUCCUUUGGGGGAUAAUGCUAAAGGAGAUUUAUGUACCUUAUAAGGUGUUUAUGGUUGUUGUUAUCAUUAUUAUUAUUAUUUUAAUUAAAUCACCAGAGGAAGUUGGACUGAAUAUUUUGACUUGCCUGUGGGCAGAUAUUUGAAUAUGCUCUCAUCUUCUGAGUUAAGCCUCGUUUGUUUGCAGAGCUGCCCAUUUAGUCUCCUGGUAGUGUACAAUUCAUUUUAUAACACAUUGGGCCAUAUGCAACAAAUUAAGCAGGACUUCCUCCAGCAUUCUUUCCCCCACAUCUUUCCCUCUUUAGAGAGAAAAACAACACUCAGGUCUGAUUUAGAAGAAACAAAAAGAAAACACUUAAAAAAAUUAGGAAUAUGUGCAUCUGUGUGUGUACAUGCACAUACACACACCAAUUUAUAACAACUCUCCCUAACGUAUUCUUACUACAAUGAGCUGAUGCCAUCAUGCAUGCAUUUCUUCUCUGUUGUAAGAGAGAUAAUAAACACUUGUGCUUUCAUUAGGCUUAGUCCAGACACGUAGUUGUGAUUUUACUUCUCAAGCUUUUAUGGGGUUUCUGGCUUUUCAAAGCCAUGCCCUUGUUAUUAUGAUGUAUUAUUAGCAUACAAAUACCUACUGGCAAAAUACAGAUGCAAUGGUAAAGAUCUAAAUUAAUCAGUGGAAAGGGCAAUUUUUUUACAGAUGGAAUUUAAAGUGGGUUUGCUCCAUUUUAAGAGAGUAUGAAAGAUUUUCUAAAGAGAUUUUAUAUUUUAAAAUAUUAAAUAUAUAUGUUUUCAAAAAUAUUAAGACAGGACUUUUAAAAUUUUCCAUAAACUUACUUUUAAAGAAUGAUGUUAGAAUAAUAUUUCUAGAAUGUGAGUAUUCCCUAACACUACAAGAUUUUGCCCAUAUAUACCUUUGUUGCUGUAUAGAUCUUAUUGCCAGCUUGUUUUGACCAUAAACUGACGAUAAAUUUUGUAUCAUCUGAACUGUUUUUCCAAAAUCAGCAUCUACAGUGUCUUGAAAGCUGCUUCCAAAUUUAGGGGGAACUUGGCAUCUGACAUAAUACAAGGAGUGACAGAGUGAAAAAAAUUAACAAUCCAGGUGUGCCUCAGUAGACUUGCAGAAAUAAGAGUAUACAUUUCUUCCAGUCUCUUUAAAAUCCAGCACCAGGGAUGGAGACAGUAUGGCUCUCUGGGCUGCAAUCUCAUCAUCUUCCACAGAAUAUUGAGUAUUCUGGCUGGGGAUGUUGGGAGUUGGAGUCCAAUAACAUCUCAGAGGAGGCACACAGUCACUACCUUUGCCCUCCAAUAUACAAUUUUAAAAGAUGAUUGGAACAAAAAUACAGGGUAUACACUUUCUGAUGUAUUCCCAUAGUUUUAGAUUCUCCCCCUUCCUUAAUUUAUUCUAUUCUUAAUCUAUUCUGCCUCAAUAUGAAAAUCCCUUAGAUGGUUUAGCAGGCUGGAGGAGAGUGUAAACAAAACUCUUCAUUGGAAUAAGAUAAACUAUGUUAGCAAUUCCACUUGAUUUUAUGCCUGUUUUUUCUUUCAAAUAUUUGUUGUCUUGACAGUAGGCCUUAAGAGAAAGAAAGCACCACAAUCACAGACCUGCUACACAAAAUAGUAGCUUUUAAAAAAAUCAUAGGAGGAAAAAGGCACAUACAACUACUCAAGUUUUCAGAUUAACAGUUCGUUGCAUAAAUGGAAUGGUGAGAUCAGAAGCAUCCUUUAUAACUUUAAGCUCACAAAUGUACUGUUUGGCUAUUCCUAUAGACACUUCAAAAUUUCAGAUUGCUGUCAGAUCUAAUAGGUUCUGACAAGUACUUCUUAUUUUCUUAUAGUUCUAAGUUGUCAGAAUUUGGACUUAAUUGCUUCAGGCUAAUUUUGAGAUGUUUUAGAUGCCAAAUUUAAACUUUCUGGCUACACUCCAGUUUAAAAAUUGGGAUCUAAAAAGCCUUGUGCGUAAGCAAGCAGUAUUUGUGCACGUGUGCAGGAUUGUCUCCAAUUUUCCCUUUCAGCAGCAUUCUCUGUCAUCACUUUGAUUUCUGCCCUGGAAAGCUCAUAGACAUUCUUCUGUGUGUGGCUAUAAAGGCAGAGCUAGAAAAGGAAUGGAGAGGAAAUGUGCAGCAACGCACACAUGGGAGAUUUUCCCCUGUCUGAUAAUCAGGGAAGAAAAAGGCAUACUCCUGGCAAAGUCGCAGAAGAUUUUCUGAUGACGUUGCGCUUAUCCAGGACUUAGCCCAUGAGGAUCCAGGAAUGCUCCAACAACAAACCAUUCCCAGGACUUCCCCAUGAAUGGUUUGUUGCUGGAGCAUUUCUGGAUCUCCAUGGGUUAAGUCCUGAAUAAGCACAAUGUAUUUGAAAAUCUUGAGCACGAUUAUGCAACUUUGCCAGGAGUAUGCCUUUUACUCCCAGCCUU